UGAUUUAUCAACGGUCGCAAUCUUUCCAAACUACCAUUAGUUUUCAUCAAAAGAACCGCAAGUUGCACAAAAUUUCCCCUUCUGCGACGGUCGCGACGCCGGAAUCUGCGACCGCCGCAACUACUCUCGCCAACAACUGGUAUCUCAUCUUCCUUUUUCUCUGUUCACAAUUGGUGUCUGUCUUUCUUUACAAACUUUAUACCUGAAGUUCCAUUGUUGGAUCUUUGUGAAAAAGUAAAAACAUAACUCAUAAAGUCUAAAUCUUUAUGUUAAUUGCUGUAUAAUUUGUGCUAUUAGUGUGUAUAUGAGAAGUUUUUGAGCAUUUGAUUGAGAUAUUAUAUGUUAUUUCAUGGUUGGUUUAUGAGAUUAGGGUUGUCAUGGUAAGAGAUAGUAGGUAAUUGGUUGUUUAUUUAUGAGAUUGGGUGUUAAGCUAUACAUGCGUGGAUUUCAACAGUAAUUUGCUAGAGUUUUUAAGACCAAAAAAAACUUAAAUGGACAUGUUAGUGUGGGCCUGAUGCUAGCAUGUGUAGUUUUAGGUGGGAAAUGGUAAGUAUAUGAAAAAAAAAAAAAGAGGUCACUUUGUUGGUAAAACAGUAGAUAUGAAAGAAGAUUAACUAGGUAAAUAAAUGUGACUAUAUGAAAACAAAGGGUCAAUAAGUUAGAAUAUGAUAGAUUUAAAGAGCAGUAAUUAUAGGUUGUUUAGAGUGAUUAUAUGAGAAAAUAUGUUACUAUGUUCUAAAGGAAACAUAUUACAUGGUAAAUUAGUGUAAGAAAGGGUGAGUAUAUUUUCUUUUAAAAAUGAAUCAUUAUGUUAGAAAAUAGCAUGUAUAAAGAUGAAUAACUAUAAGUUGAAAAUGGUCAAUGUAUGAACAAACAAGGGUCACUAUAUUUGGAGAGUUGGACAAGGCUUUUGAACCACAUUAAUAUUAGUGUGGACCAUGUUCACACAAGUUCUUUUGUAUUUAAGAUAUGUGGUAUUGUGAAUUGUUCUCAAUCUUCCCGUUUGAAUAGUUUUUGAUUGCUUGGCGUGUUUCUUAUAGUUGUGUCAUGUGUGUAGUUGAGUACUACUUCUUGCUUAGCUUCUAUGGGAUAUUAGCUUUUUUUUUAAUGUAAGUCGAAUGUUAUAUUCUUGCAUUCAUGUUUCGUUAUGAAAUAACCAAGUAGCAAAAAAACUUGCCUAACCCCUUUCGAAUUCUUAAUUUCAAAUUCUCGAUUUUGGCAAACCUUUGUUGCAAGUGUAGUGUUCAAAUGAGCUUGAGCGAGCAAUAACUCACUUUGAUUUCCUUAGCUUAUACGCUAGUAUAUCAUACUUUCUCCUCUAAGUGCAACAUGAGGGGAGGUACACGAACCAAGAAGUUGAGAGACAUAGAGAUAAUUAAUAAGAGGGACCAUGUGGUGAAGAGAGAGAUAUAGUUAUGCCAAAAUGAAGUAAUGUUGCCUUCAUUUUGAAACUUCCAGAAAUGGUAAGUGCUGCUCUUGUUUUAGAACGGUGGAAUUAUUAUCUUUUGUUUGUGUGCCUUUUUAUGAGUGAGGAAUAAUCUGUAUUUUUCUUCUGGCGUGCAUCUUCUUCUGAGUUAUUAGAAAGUAUUCAGUCGACUAACAUAGAACUUAAAGAGAGUAUGUAUACUCGUUGUGUCCUUAAUGUGGAACCAAAGGCCAGAGAGCCAUUCAGUUGAUUUGUACUAAUGAGAAUUUGACUUCACGAGAAAUCGAACAAUAAGUUGCUGAAUUGACUAUUUCCAGCGUGUACCUAUGUAAGUAUUUGAAUAGUGAACUGAGAUGAUGAAUGCUUUUUUAAACUUGGAGUAAAUGAAAAUCUUGAAUGCUUUUUACUCUACGACAUACCUCAAGGUAAAUUUCAUGAGAACACCACUCAGGUGAAAGCAAAUGUGUAUCUCACUAGUCAAAAGGGGGGGGGGGGUGCUGUUUUUAUUUGGAAUUGAUAUAUCGGAAAAGUAAUACAAUACGGAGCAAAUCCAUUACAAUUUCUGCCACCUAUAGCUCAUAUUCUCUUGACAUAUGCAAGACAUUGAUUCUGCUAGGAGAAUGAUGAGGUUGUAAAUUUUUAAUGGCCAUCGGAAGAUGAACCCCCCUAUAAUUGGUCUUGGAUAUGGCCAGAAGGAAAAUGAAUGCUUUUAAUAUUCAUAACUAUAUUGGGAAGAAGAAUUCAGAAAAUUAUUGUCCCAUUGUUUAUCACUAGAAACAUGAUCUUUAGCUUUAUGUGGUCGGGCGAAUUACACAAUGAGAGCUCAGUAAAUUCAAAUAUCAUGCUAAAAAGAGGAUGAUCGACUGAACCAACUGGCCAGUAAAUUCCUUUUGCUGGUUACCCAUAUGAUUAUUUUAGCAACCUUUUUUUUAUUAACUUUAUUUCUUCUUUUGCUCACAUUAUGAGUUAUGUUUUUUGUUAUAUGCGAUAAAUAUGUUUUCCUUUGCCAUCGAUUCUCAAUCAUCAAUUCAUCACUUCCAGAUUUUAGACCCUACAAGGUUUGUCUUUGUGCUAUGGUUAACUUGUGGGACUUUCCAAAACAUUGAUAUUUUGCAAAAAAGUGAGUUCUUUCAUCUUGAAAUUCAGAGAAUAUUUAUCGAGUAAACAAGAAAUGGCCAGUGCCGUGUAUUCAUCAAAAAGAAGAAUUUGCUUUGCGUUAGCGUUGAUUAGUUGCAAUAUCCUGAAACUCUCUUUCUCUCUAUUUGGUUUUUGAAGGUCCAUCUGGCACUAAUAAGGUAAAGGGUACAACUUCAUUAUUUAUAUGUAUACUUUUGUAUAUUACUAUAUUAAGAUUUAAGACAUGAGAGUACCUGAAUUAUAUUUGAAUCUACGUACUUUUGUAUGUAUAACCUGACAUUUGUGUGUGUCACGGAAUUCAAAUAACUAUAUUAAUAUAUCUAUGCAUUUCGCUUACAUGGCUUCUAUGUGUAUGCGUUUGGCUGGUGUAGUUUUUAUGUAUGUGCUGUUUUUUUCUUUUCCUUUUCUUUUUUUUAGCUGGCACUUAAUAAUAUUUUGAGGCUCUUACGUGCAAUUGGGGGAACUUAUGAAGUUGUUAUUUCGACCAUCUUUGCCCAUGACAUCAGGCUUUAAUUGAAUGUUUUAUGAGAUGAUUGCUGAUGUUCAUCUGGUAUUAGAUAGAUAUGGCUUCUAUUCGCGGUCGAGGUGGAAGGAGGGGUAGGGGUAAGGGCAGGGGUUUUGGUUGCAGACGAGGUGGUGGACACUACCCACCUUCUCCGCCGCAUUACUCUGCUCCACCAUUAGUUGACAAUGACGAUGUGACUGAUACCCAAUCGCCGGAAGCGAGUGCUGAUGAUAUGAUGAUAGAUGACGUUGGUUCAAGCUCCAGAAAGAAAGAGCUUAUUCCUGGAGAGUUAUGGUUCACCAAGCCUGAUGUUGUCCGAGGUGUGACAAACUCCAUAAAGAACAACUACAACCAUCCAUGGAGGAAUUGGACAGAGACUCCAAAGGAAACCAAGGAUCUCUGGUUCAGAGAAUUCAAGCAUUUCUUUACUUGGAGGCCAGAGUUGGAGUGGGAAGUUAGAUCGAGCUAUGAUGAGAGGGCUAGGAAACGAUUGAAAGAUAUGGCUCACAAAGCUACUCAGAAGAAGCCUAGUUGGAUGUCUACAGGGGUUCAUAUUGAGCUUUUGAAAAGGAAAGAAGAAGAAGAUUUUAAGAAGAGAUCCGAGCAAGCAAAAAGAAACAAAAGGGGUGGAUUAGAUGGGAAUGUACACCCAGGACACUGUCAAGGGUCAAUAUCUACUGUCGAGGUGGCUGACCGUUUGGCAAAAGCGAAAGGUGUCUUCCCAACAGCUGCAGAUGUGUACAUUAAGACACAUUCUAGGGAGGAAGAAGGCCGAGGAAAUGUGCUAGUCGGUGAAAAGCCAAAGAAAAUCAUGGAGGACUAUAAUCGGAAGAUUGCGGAGUACAAGGCAAAAGGCAUCAACAAAGAUCCCAAUGAGGUAUACUGGGAGGUUGUUGGUGGGAGGAAGAAGGGACAUGUUAGAGGGUUGGGUAUGAGUGACACUAUGUUCUAUGAGAGGUCAACUGGUCGUGCUUGCAACUCCUCUUAUUCACACAUGCCUUCCUUGCGUUCUUCUGAAGUUGAAGAUAAAAGAAGUGCGGAAGAAAACUGCCGAGCAUCUCAACAACAAAGGGAGUUGCAUGACAAGCAAAUAGCUGAACUUGAGAGGCAAAGGGUUGAACUUGAGAGACAGAGGGCUGAGUUGGAGAGAGAGCGUCUUCAGUUGGAGAGAGAACGUGUUCAGGCAGAGAGGGAGAAACUGAAUGAGAAAAAACAGUUUAAUGAGUAUAUGUGGGAGAUGCAGAAGACGCAGAAGCAGAUGAACGAGUUUUUUCUCCUUUUUGCCUCUAAAACCCUACAAUGUGAACCCCAACCCCAACCAUUAACCUUGCACCAACCGUCAAAAUCAUCCGAAGCUAGAGAGAGGGAAAAGUCAAGCCGGCUCACCUCGAUACCUGGGCCAAGUCAGACCUGGAAGAAUAAGAAAAGACGGAGGGAGUAGUAUGGUUGGUCAAAUAAUUUACAUUUAAGAUUGUAUUGUAUGUUAUGUUUGUUUGUAGGUAUGCUAUUUGUAAAACAAUUUUUUAGUCGUACUUUUUUUCCCCCCAAUAGGGGAGCUACUUAAAAAGGGGUGAAUGUAAAUGACAAGUAGAUGAAAAUUAAGCUUUCAAUGGAAAUUUUAGAUACUUCAUUCUA